CUGUUUCCAACAGCUUCAGUAGCGUUUCAAUAUGUCUGGGCGUCGAUCACGCAUUGCAUACCUCUUAAUCAUCAUCUUAGCCUCAUCUUUUGAAGCCAGCCUUUCGGCCAGCGUGAGGACAAAGCGCAGCAUCGGUUCUUUCGGGGAUAUGAUUCGGUUUAGCACACGCAUGGAGGCCCUGCUUUUCAAUAAUUACGGAAAUCACUGCGGAAGUGGUGAGACCGGCACCCUCCCUAUUGUCGACGCUAUCGAUCGCUGCUGUCGCAAACACGAUCUUUGUUACGAAAGUCUACCGAACGGACCGUGCUCCUCAUCGUUCUUCGGUGCUUAUUUCACUUUCUACACGUGGACUAUCGUUUCGAAUAGCAGCGAACGACGACAAGAAGCCACCAUCAUUUGCGGUGACACCAAUGUAUGCAAACUGGCUACGUGCAACUGCGACCGAGCAGCCGCCCUGUGUUUCGGUAGACAUUCGGCUUCGUACAAUGUCGCCAACAAACACAGGAGCAUCUGGGAUUGGCUCAUUUAACCGCAUCCCAAGAGAAACGAGGAAUACAUAACCAAAAAAAAACAAAAGAACUUCAAAGUGAAUAUUAUUAUUAAGCAAAAGGAAGUAGCCAAUGACAUUCGGUCAAUACUUGUUCUUUGUUGAAAGAGAAAAGAACAAGAAAAAAAAACGAGGGGGAAGAAAAAUUCUUUUGGGUGAUGAAAUAAAUCAACAUUACCAACGUCGUUCGACAGGCUAUGAUGCAAUAAAACUGUCUUGUUAUCGAUGAUACAUCACUUACUAUUUGGCUAA